UUGGUUUCACAUUUGUCGAGUACACAGCAGGUCGUGUUGUGACGGGGGAUGGGAGUGGGGAUUUCUCUCGCGGUCUUGUAGUUGCACUCUUGCCUGAAACGUUGUUUUCUUUCUGAAAACGGCCUGUGUAGCCGAUAAGUUCGCUCCCCUGCUCGCGGAUGCACCUCGCGACAUUCGAAAAGCCGAAAUAAUCUGCGCGCGCUCGGCAGGGUCUGCAACACAACGGCCGAAAUGUUCUCGAGCGGAGCAGCGAGUGCAGCUCCUCUGACUCCUCCACCACAAGAGUAUGUGUUCAAACCACCCCAGAGGCCAGACUUUGGCACAAAUGGUAGGACAAUCAAACUGCAGGCCAACUUCUUUGAGAUGGAGAUCCCCAAACUGGAGGUGUACCAUUACGACAUCGACAUCAAACCUGAGAAGUGCCCACGGAGGGUCAACCGUGAAAUUGUUGAGCACAUGGUCCAGCACUUUAAAACACAGAUCUUUGGUGACCGAAAGCCUGUGUAUGAUGGGAGGAAGAAUUUAUACACAGCAAUGCCCUUACCCAUAGGAAGAGACAAGGUGGAGCUGGAGGUGACGAUCCCUGGUGAGGGGAAAGACAGGAGCUUUAAAGUGGCCAUAAAGUGGGUUUCAUGUGUUAGUCUGCAAGCUCUUCAUGAAGCUCUGUCUGGACGGCUGCCAAGCAUCCCUUUUGAGACCAUUCAAGCUCUAGAUGUGGUCAUGAGACAUUUGCCCUCCAUGAGGUACACACCUGUUGGCCGCUCAUUCUUCACACCUUCUGAAGGUUGCUCCAACCCUCUUGGUGGAGGAAGGGAAGUCUGGUUUGGCUUCCACCAGUCUGUUCGUCCAUCUCUUUGGAAAAUGAUGCUUAACAUUGAUGUAUCGGCUACGGCGUUCUACAAAGCCCAACCAGUGAUCGAGUUUAUGUGUGAGGUUUUGGAUUUUAAAAGCAUCGAUGAACAACAGAAGCCUUUAACAGAUUCCCAAAGAGUCAAGUUCACUAAGGAGAUAAAGGGUCUGAAAGUAGAGAUCACACACUGCGGGCAGAUGAAGAGGAAAUACAGAGUUUGUAAUGUAACCAGGAGACCAGCCAGCCACCAGACGUUUCCCUUACAGCAGGAGAGUGGGCAAACCAUCGAAUGCACUGUGGCACAGUACUUCAAAGAUAAAUACAAACUGAUACUUCGAUAUCCUCAUCUCCCAUGUUUACAAGUCGGACAGGAACAAAAGCACACUUACCUGCCUCUUGAGGUUUGUAACAUAGUGGCUGGACAGCGAUGCAUCAAGAAACUGACAGACAAUCAGACCUCCACUAUGAUUCGCGCCACAGCCCGGUCAGCACCUGACCGCCAGGACGAAAUUAGCAAAUUGAUGAGAAGUGCCAACUUUAAUAGUGACCCUUAUGUACGUGAGUUUGGGGUCAUGGUAAGAGAUGAAAUGACUGAAGUGAAUGGCCGAGUCCUCCAGGCACCAUCUAUUCUCUAUGGAGGACGGAACAAGGCAAUAGCUACCCCAAUCCAAGGUGUAUGGGAUAUGAGAAACAAGCAGUUCCACACUGGGAUAGAGAUCAAGGUUUGGGCCAUCGCUUGCUUUGCUCCACAAAGGCAAUGUACUGAGCUCUUAUUAAAAGCAUUUACAGACCAGCUGCGCAAGAUUUCUCGUGACGCAGGCAUGCCUAUUCAAGGUCAGCCCUGCUUUUGUAAGUAUGCUCAGGGAGCUGACAGUGUGGAACCCAUGUUUAAGCACCUGAAGUACACCUACCAAGGCCUGCAACUGGUCGUGGUCAUUCUUCCAGGGAAGACACCUGUCUAUGCGGAGGUGAAGCGUGUCGGGGACACAGUUUUAGGAAUGGCCACUCAGUGUGUCCAGGUGAAGAACGUCCAGAAAACCACUCCACAAACAUUGUCUAACCUCUGUCUGAAGAUCAACGUUAAACUGGGUGGAGUCAACAACAUUCUGCUUCCACAGGGAAGGCCCUUGGUUUUCCAGCAGCCUGUAAUUUUCCUGGGUGCAGAUGUGACUCAUCCUCCAGCAGGAGAUGGAAAGAAACCCUCCAUUGCUGCAGUGGUUGGUAGCAUGGAUGCCCACCCAAGCCGAUACUGUGCCACAGUGCGGGUUCAGCAGCACCGCCAAGACAUCAUUCAAGACUUGGCAACAAUGGUGAGAGAACUGCUUAUCCAGUUCUACAAGUCAACUCGCUUCAAACCCACACGUAUUAUCUACUACAGAGAUGGCAUUUCAGAAGGUCAAUUCAAUCAGGUUCUGCAACAUGAGUUACUGGCGAUCCGUGAGGCCUGUAUAAAGCUAGAGAAGGACUAUCAGCCAGGCAUCACUUUUGUAGUAGUCCAGAAGAGACACCAUACCAGGCUUUUCUGUAUGGACAGGAACGAGAGGGUUGGAAAGAGUGGGAACAUCCCUGCUGGCACCACAGUCGACACAAAAAUCACCCAUCCAUCAGAAUUUGACUUUUACCUUUGCAGCCAUGCUGGUAUUCAGGGUACCAGCAGACCUUCUCACUACCAUGUGCUGUGGGACGACAACCACUUCACUUCAGAUGAGCUACAGGUACUCACAUACCAGCUGUGCCACACCUACGUGCGCUGCACCCGCUCUGUCUCCAUUCCUGCGCCUGCCUACUAUGCUCACCUUGUGGCAUUCCGAGCACGCUACCACCUAGUAGACAAGGAACAUGACAGUGCUGAAGGCAGCCACACAUCAGGCCAAAGUAAUGGUCGAGACCAGCAGGCCCUGGCUAAAGCUGUUCAGAUCCACCAGGACACACUUCGCACCAUGUACUUCGCCUGAGCCUGGCCAGAGAUGAGUCUCAUAUCCUCAAACACCAUGUGUCUGUAUGUUUAACAUGCCCCAUUCAUCUUGGGGGGCCUCCAGAUGUGCACAUAGUUAACUGGCAACAUUUCACACAUUCAAGGUCUCUGUAUUUAUUUGAGCUUCAAGAAAACUUUUUUUUUGUCCAUUCGUUCUAUGCCUUUACACUGACAAUUCUGACUUUGCUUUGGGGUUUAUAUUAUUAAUAACAUUAUGAUUAUGCCAAGGCUGAUGGAAUAGAAAUUUUUGACAUAUUUGUGAAACUUCUAUCAGCACUGACCCAGAAGGACACAACUUCAGGACACGAGUACUUACUGUUCUUUUUAUGUUUCUUUCACAUUACUAACAAAUCUGUCAGUGUUGUCUUUUUGUUAGUCCUCAACUCAGUCACUCUACCGUACUUGAUUAAGUUGGUUUCUUGAGUAACAACUGACAGAUUGUGCUUUAUAUUGGAAACCAAAUCUUUAUAUUAUAAUAAGGACACUUUGAACAGUUCUUUGGGACAGUGGAAGAUUAAUCAGACAAAUUUGUAGUUCUCUCAGCAUGAGAGGAGUGUUUUGACAAUCAGCUGUCUGAAUUGGGUCUGAAGAGGGAAUUAUAGUUAAUACAGGACUGGUUCCUGAGACCAACACUCUUUCUUGAUCCAAACCUGUUAGUAAGUUAUCCUUUUUCAACCUUGGUUUCCAUUUUAUUUUCCCCAACAUUAUUAUCUGUUAGGCUAUCAAAGUUAGACUGUAAAGAGAAGUACUAAUAUCUUGUGUGAAAGAUUAGUCUCCUAUGUACUGCUGAUUAUUUUUUAUUUUAUUUCUACCACACGUCCAGCCUGAAGCUUUGCUUUCUUAAAGGAUCACUCCAUUGUUUUCAGACUAAUAUCUAUCUACUGCUUCUGUAGUGUAUUAUUGAUUACUACUUAUAAUAAUGACUUUUUCCUCUAUCCUGAGAGAAGAUUGGAAAGCCUGUUUCUGUGAAACUUCCUUAUAAUGGACGUCUAAAGGCAGCUGUUGUAUUACCUUAACCAUUUACAAUACCUGACCAUAUAACACACAAUCAAAAAUAACCCUUUGGUGAGACAGGCAUCAAAUAUUUCCUUAUGUCAUUUUUAUUCCACUUUCCAACACUGGGGCAGUAGGGUAAAAACUAAUUCUGGUCACUUACACUUUUCUUAGGAUUUUAUGAUCUUGCGUAUUUGUGUCUGAAAUUUCGUCCCAUCUGCUAAAAGACAAAUUAUGUAGUGUUUAGGUUUAAAGUCCAAUUUAUAAAUACCUGACUGAGGAAUUUACCAAAAAAAAUUAAAACAGAUAAAGUUGUUUCAUAUUACUGUUACCACGCCCCAACUUCCCUCAGGCCUCUCUUUAUAAAAAAGUUUUGAGUAAAUGAGUUUUCUUAUCUUUUCUUAGUGCACAAAGAAGUCUGCAAUGAUUUUCUGUGAUGAUUGCCUGUGCACUAGAGAUGCAGUGGAUAGAGCUAAGGUUUAACAAACCCUGGAGUAUUACUUUAAGUGUCUUGUGAUUAUAUCAGCCUCAUACACUGUUGUAGUGGUGCAUGAAUCAUGAUGUAAAGGACAGAUUGCUAUAUAUAUAUAUUUUUUUUUAUUCUUAUUUUUUUAUGUAUCUAAUUAUGUCCAAGAUGGUGAGCUGCAUAUUGUUUGUUUAGAUCUAUACACAGACUGAUGGCUCAUGGAACCAUGGCCUUAAUGAUAGGGAGGUCUUGAGGGUUAUGGGAACGUGUUUGUUGGUUAUAGAUAUCUAGUCAGCCACAUUACACUCGAAUGUGUUAAGCACCUUAUUUUUUGCCCAAAUGUCAGUGAUAACGCAAUAGCCUUUACCGUAGAAGGUUUUUGACCAUUCUAUCGAUUCUAAAUUUGAGUAAUCCUAUUGUGUAACUCUUUCGCGUCUCUGGUGCUGGAGCUCUUCUCAAGAGCUUUGUAGUGUCAUUGGGUUCAUCCAAUAGGCGAGUGGUUUUAGUUUUUGUUAAAGGCUUUUGAGAUUGUGAGGUAUAUUCGCAAAUGAUUCAACAAUUCGUUAAAAUUUAACUGCUAUUGUAGGCAAUUUUUUUUAUUUUUUUUAUUUUAUUUUUUUCCUGGUAUAAAUGCAAAUAUUAUUGGAACGUUGGUUAGCUUCCCCAUGUUUCACUUUUAACUUUAAUUAACCUAUAGCUGAACACUUUUAAACUUUUAUACCUAUGCAUUUAUAGCCAAGAGAUUUUAGUGUGUUUUGUGUAUAUAAUGAUUUUAGAUAAUGUGUAUUGUAGUAAUUUUAAGCUUUAAUAGAGUGCAUAGGCAAAAACCCUCUUCCUGUUGUAGCAGUAUUAGCCUAUAGAAUGUUAUAUUUUUAUUAUAGUAGACAAUUAGAUACAACUUUCAGUUAGUCCUGUUAGCCAAGAAAGAUUACAAAUAUUUAAGCAUACUGUUAUCCUACAGUAACUGAAGCACAAUGAAUUAUCGGUGCUAAACAUUUUCCAGAAACAAAUAUUUUAUUUACCAUCAGAUCACAGUUAAAAAAAAAAAAAAAAAAAUCAUCAACCACAGAACUGAUUCUUAGGGUUGAGUUUCUUUAGCUUCCUUUGAACUGUGUUGCAGGGGCAUUUUUAGUUCUCAGUCUCGAAUACUUGACUUGGUUAUUUUUCAGAUUUGAUGCUGGUCUCUAAACUUGCAGAUGCACUUUGAAGGGCAUUGGACAUGUACCAUUAGUAAUUGUUUGGAAAUGGCUUGAUGUCCUACCUCUUGUUGCCUGUUUUUAAUAUAAUGGUAACAUCACUGCAUUAGUCAUUUCUUCAUAAUUACACAAGUGGUGGCGUUAGAAUAAAUUCUUUCUCUGAAAGUUUCUGGGCAUCUUAUAGUGUCACUUAGCUUAGAAAUGACCAAAAGGCGUAUCUGUUCAGAGGCUAUUCUUGGUGCCAUUUUAAAUCUUUUACAUUAACUGCCAUAUUUUUAUUUUUUUUUAAAUAAUAAUAAAGUGCUAAAGAUUCAGAGCUUUGAAGUACCCCUUCGUAUGGUUAAAUUGAAAUUCACCAAAUGGAUUAGAAAGAUCUUAAUCUCAAUCUUAAUGAAUACGGUCUUGUUCAGCCAAGCAAUGCAUUCACGUUGUACAUUCAUACAUUCUUUACCCAACUGGCUGCUAAUUUGGAACAAAAUAUGUUGUCAUUUUCCAUUCAGAUUUUCCUCAUCUUUAGAGCUAAAUAUGUAUCUCUUGGCUUAAGAAAUGACCCGAAGUGAACAACUGCCCCCCCCCCAUGUUUUUCAAUCUCAUCUUCCUUUUUAAUGGUUUUCAAUGAUGCGGUUCACUUUGUCUUGUAAAUAUGACAGUGAUCAGAGCUUUUACUUUACCUGAGUUUUUAGUAUUUUACCUUUUAAAGCCAGCACCUUAGAUUGUCAGAACUCUUAAGCAUAUGCAAUUCUUAUGUAAUAAAAGAAAAUGUAUGAUUGAGGUGUUUUUGCACUAUAUGAAUCAGUGUGGACUGGGUUAUUGUUGGAAAGAUUAGAAUGUUGGUUGUCCUCUUCAAUCACCAUAAACGCUAGUGGAUACUCCAGUUGUUUUUGAGGUGGUUGUACAUUUUGGUGCAUGUGCAUACACGCACAUUGGUGCAGAAUCUGAAGCUACACAUAGAUAAUAAGUCCUGACAUUUGAGUAACUAUGCAAAAACUGGUUUUGGUUCAGAGCCAUUCAUCUUAUGCUCAAAUUUGUUUAGUUUUACAGUGAUCCUAGUGAUUUGUAAUUAAGUCUGAUUUUGAAUUUAAACUUCAUUCUUUCAAAGACAUUAGGACUGGUUUUAUAUAAUGUCUUAAAUGUAAUGGAGUGAUCUUACAAAAUAUGAAACUGGCAUUUGUGUUCAAGAUUUUUUUUUAAAAAUUUCCCUGCAGAAGUUUCAUGAUGUCCAGUGUAAUCAUAAAAAAAUGACAAUGUAAUGCUGGAUUGUGAUGAAAUUUGAUGGAUUUAAAUGAAUCCUUUUGUCUAUGCACAGCACGAACAUAUAGCACAUAUCAGCAUUUUGUGAUAACCUGAGGAAGUUGAAUGAGAGCCAGCAUGGUGGUGUUUUGAUAUUGCAAUGCAGAGGUACCCUCAUUUGGCAAAUCCAAGAGAAUGUCUACCAAAUUAAAGUAUCCCUAUUAAAGAAGUUCAACUUCUAGAGAAAAUCAACCAUGUAUGUGAAUCACUAAACUAUCAACUGUUUUUCUAAAUGUAUAGCCAGGAUUUUAAAGAUCUGAUAUUUACCCUGGACCAGCAAGAGUCAAAUGAAUUUCAGUUAGAGGAAUUGUGCAUUUUAAAUAAUGCUCUCUAAUGGAUUAACAUUUCUCUAACUUUGCACUCUAACUUUUGCUUGUAACUGAAUAGGUUAAUCAAAGUCUCAUGAAAAUAUAAUCAUGAGAGGAAAAAAAAAAUGCUCUACCCUUGAUACAACCAUAGUGUAUAUGAAGAUACUUAAUGACAUAAGUAAUACACGUACGUGUAUAUCAGAUGCAUUUCAGAUGUGUGUGACCAAGUUAACAUUUGUGUUUGGGCAAUUAUUACUGACAUAUGGACAAAUCCUUCUUUUGCUUUUGUUUGAGGUGCUACACUGUAAAAAUUGUUUAUAUUUAGGGCAAUAUUGUGGUGUUUGUGUUUUAUAUUUUAGUUCAUUGUAUAAUUUCUGAUAGCAUUCAAUUCCAUACUACCAAUGUUUCAAAUUGUAGCCUGAUACCUAGGUUCUCAUUUCAAACUAAGCAUCUUGGCUCCAAUCAUUGCCCAUCAUCCCCUAGGAAAUUCGGAAAGUCACUAUGUGCACAAAUAAAUUAUGUAAUAGACAUUUUUGCCAAUGCCAUUUUACGCCAUCUAAAUAUUUACAGGUGUGCAUUCUAAAAUGAUUUUACUAAAAAUAAGCAAUGUCUCUUGUUGAUAAGUGACAUAAAAAUAAAAGAGCACUAGCUUAAUAACCUGGCUUUUUAUACCAAUUUUGACAACUACCUCAGAACAGUUUAGGGUGCUAACCUUCUCUCUCUCUCUCUCUCUCCCCCUCCCUACUAUCUAUCUAUCUAUCUCUCUGUCUAUCUAUACACACAUCUGUACCUAUUAGGAACACCUGUGCAUUCAUGCACAAUAAUGUGGCAGUAGUGCAGUGCAAAACAUCAUGCAGAUACAGGUUAAGAGCUUAAGUUAAUGUUCACAUCAAAUGUAAGAAUGAAGAAAAAGUGUGAUCUCUCUCUGUAAUCUCUUUACCUGUGGCGUGGAUGUUGGUACCAGAUGGGCUGGUUUGAGUUCAGAAAAAGUUGAUGAUCUGGGAUUUUUCACACAUAACAGUCUAGAGUUUACACAGAAUGGUGUGAAAAACAAAUAACAUUGUGUGAGCGCCAGUUCUCUGGCUGGAAACGCCUUGUGGAUAAGAGAGGUCGAUGGAAAAUGGCCAGAUUGGUUCAAGCUGCCAGGAAGGAUAUAUAAUCUCAAAUAAUCACUCUUUACAAGUGUGGUGAGCAGAAAAGUAUCUCAGCAUGCACAAAAAUGGGCACAGAAUCACCCGAACUGGACAGCUGAAGAGCACCUAUGUAGCUCAUCCACCUCAAGGUUUGAUGUGUUCUGAUAUGCCUUUAUGCUCACCACGGUUGUAAAGAGUGAUUAUUUGAAUUAUUAUAAACUUCCUGUAGCUCAGGCCAGUCUGGUGAUUCGCUCAUCAACAAGGUGUUUCAUCCUGCAGACCGUCUGCACACUGGAUUGUUUUUUUGUUUGUUUGUUUAUCAUGCCAUUUCAGUGUAAACUCUACAGAGACUGCUGUCUGAGAAAAUCCCAGAUCAACUGUUUCUGAAAUACUCAAACCAGCCCAUCUAGUACCAACAUCCAUGCCACGAUUAAUGUCCCAGAGAUCACGCCUUUUCACCAUUCCGAUGUUUAAUGUGAACAUUAACUGAUGCUCUUGACCUGUACCUGCAUGAUUUUUUUUUUUUGCAUUGUGCUUCUGCCACACGAUUGGCUGAUAACCACAUGAAUGUACAGGUGUUCCUGAUAAAGUGGACGGUGAGUGUAUAUAUAAUUUCUAUAGUACAUGACAACGAAUAAUAAUAGUGACCAAACAAACCAAGCCAAUACUGCAUUUUAGAUUUAGCUUUUACAGAAAAGAUUUUUUAUUGUUGUCUAGAUGAGGACAACCUGUCAAACAAAAAAAUAUAGCGGACCAAAUUGUGAAAGGACUUCCUGUGGACUGUAAACCAGCGUUUGGAGAAAAAAAAAAACUGUAGUCAUAAUAGAUUAAUCACUUAAGUUUGUUUCAAAAUAUUGUCAUUAGGAAACAAUAUUGCCUUCUGUGGUAGUUUGGAAUAGACGCAGCACAAGGAUAGAUUGCUAAUAGGGCCGAGCGGUAUGACGAGAUGAUAUUGUGUCAUACUCACGAUAAACAUGAUACACUUUUCUUGAUGAUGAGUUUAGUCAUUUUCAUCAGGUGCCACUGCUUUUAUAACUUACUGUAUAAAGCAACUGACUGGACAAAACACUUUUUGUACUAAUUGGUUUAUUUUUAGUUUUGCUUUGUUAGCAAAAUAUAUCAUGUAUCGCAAAGAUGUUUUUAAGUUUUGUGAUUUAAUAUUUUUGCCAUAUCUCUAAUUUCUAGUUUCUUGUGAGUGAACACAGAGCAAUAAUUGCAUUAUUACUCAUGUCUACAGAGUGCAUCAUGGUUUAUUUCCUUUAGGUGGUUGUGGUUACUCACAGAGUGGCAUCUGAAUGCAGUUAGAUUUGGUAUGGUUGUGAGAUUUUUGCGCGCCCCCCCCAGAUAAUCAUCUGUAGUGACGUGCCCUAUUUAGGAUCACGUAUUGGCUUCCAGUCGUCCCAGUCAGCACUGCUCUACUGCUCUGCGUUUGUAAUACUACAGAAAGGCAAAUUAGCAACAUCCAAAAAUACUAGCAUGUGGUCCUUUUUUUUUUUUUUUAUUUUUCUUUUUUUUUUUUUUAUUUAAAUGUCAGUCCAAGUUUGGCAGUAUGCUUUCUAACAAACCAGCUUGUCCGCACUGCGCUGUCUGAAUGCUUGCAUUGGCCACAAUUCUUCUUUUUGAGAAAUGUUCAGUAUUGCAAUAAACAAAAUGAGGGUCUUUUUGGUGAAAGCUCUACAGCAAGUGUAAGCAGGUUGAGAAUAAGCUAUUUAAAAUAGUUUUGCGUGUAAUUUUUACCUUGCAACGUUUUACAAAGGGAAUUUACAGUUAAAUUAAGAAUGAAACGUGUUUGCAAAAUACGCUCUACUGAUACACUGGCCUGUUUCCGUUGGUUCAAGAUCAAAAAGGUACAAAGGGUAUGAAAAUAAAAUCAAUAUUCUUGAUAUUUUUGUUGAGCUAAAGACAUCCAUGUUGUGUGUGUGUGUGUGUGUGUGUGUGUGUGUGUGUGUGCGUGCGUGCAUCAGCAUCUGUCAUCUCCUGUAUUUAUAUUUGGUGAUAAUUUUUAAUUUGAUGAAAUUCAUUGUCACAUCAAACAAUUUAUACAUGAAUGACUCACGUAACCUUGAGUGAAUGCUGCAUAGAAUGAUCAGUAUUUGUAUAUUGCACUUUCUAAUCAGUAAAAAAGAAAAAAAAAAGAAGCCCUGUUUAAAAUUGGGCAGAGAAAUUAAAAGAAAAUUAAGACGAGGUAUAUUCUGCUAUAAUAGGAUUUUUUUUUUUUUUUUUAUUAAAGAAAAAAAGUGACUUUUCUAAAAUGUGCGUAGACAUGAAGUACCUCAGAAGCCUGAUAUAUGCUGCAUCAACUUCAUUUAUUUUAUUUUCUUUUGUGAACCUCACUGUCUCUCGUACAGUAAUACAGUUUUCCCUACGGAGAGGUCAGAUGUGCAUGCAAGGCAGUGCUUACACCUUUCUAAAAUGUGUUUUGGUUUGAUUGUGUCUUUUUAACAACAGUAUUUACAUUGGCUUUUUAUUUGGGUGAAAGAUGUGUGUUGUAGAGUACAUAGGGUAUUACAUUUUGGAAAAACAAACAAACAAAAAAAAGCAUUCUGUAUCAAUUUUUUUUUCUACCAUUCCUGUUGGUUUCAUACUAAUCCGGCAUUUACCUUCAGAGGACAUCGCAAAUGGCAACUAAUUAGAUGUAGUCCUAAAAGACUACUGACUCAGGUAUUGCCGUUUAAGGGCUAUAUCUGCUACUGAAUCUCUGCCCUGUACUCACUCGCGUGUCUUAAAUAGCCCUGGAACUGUAUUUAUGGCUAAAACAUCAUACAGUGUAUCUGGCCUUAAAAGGUGCACUAUUAACCAGACCAUGCAAAUCAUGCAUUGUUCUACAUCACUGCCUAUCAUGUACUAGUUUGUUUGUUUUUUUUUGCCAUAAAUCUACCUCCUGGGAAUGUACGAGUGUCCUGGAUAUGCUAGAUAGUAAAUAGAUAGUUAUAAUCAUCUUCCAUUAAUAUCUCUUCUGAAAACUCCAGGACGUUCCGGCUGAGGCUGCGUGUCAAACGUGUUUUCCCAUGUUCAUCUAAGCCAUAAAAAUGACCAAAGUUUUUAGGAAGGCAUUCCAGUGGCACUGCCUCGCAGGCUCAAAUCUCCCCUUCGUUUCAAACAUUUCUUUUUCUUUUUUUAAUUCCUACUUAAGCACCUGCCAAAUUGAAUUUACUGUCAUUCCUGUUGAGAGCUUUUCUAUCUCAUUCUUGUAUUUGGACUUGCCGCUAAGCUCUGUGUCUUUUUGUUAUUUUAUUAUGUAAAUUGUGAGCUUUGAGAUUUUUUUUUCCUCCAUUUAUGCUUUUAUUAUGAUUGCAAGCUCAAUAUAUGCUGUAAACCCUGAUAGAAUAUAAUGUGAAUAUCAUUUAAUAUAGUUGACUUUUUUGCUUGACUGUAUAUGGCAUUGAUUUAAUAAACUUGAGUUCCCCUCA